AGGACGGGGAGGAGCCGACCCCCGAGCAGGUGGCGAAGCGGGAGCUCAAGGAGGCGGACCCGGUGCGCAGCCUGGUCCGGGGUCUGCACGAGGACGGCUUGGAGUGGGCCAUCCGGCAGUCUGGAGACGAGGCCGUCUACCGCGGGAAGAAGGAUCCAGAGACCCAGGUGUACGCAAAGACGUCCAACGCGGUGACGUAUGUGAGGUCUCUGAACUGGCCAGGCGCCGUCUGCGUCGCCUGCGGCAACCAUUUUGCCAACUUUUACGUCGGGUACGGGCAGCCGGCCACCCGGACCGAGUUCUUCAUCCCCGCGCCCCCAGACGUGCAGGACGAGCCGGUUGACCCUGGGGAGCAGGUCGAGCCGCAGGGAUCCGCCGAGGCGGCGGCGGAGGAGCCCCAAGAGGAGUGAGUGCGCCUGGGCUGGGCGGCCGCUGCACGGGGCGCGCGGGGACCUUUGGGGGCGGGAGGAG